AUGGCCCUCACGGCCAAGGAUCCCAAUUCAAACUACCGAGUCGCGCGGACCAUUCCGUUUGAAUUGCGCCAGCACUGCGCCAUCUACUUUGAAGAAAAGCUUUACUCCCAAGCUUUGAACCUCUUAAUCAACAUUCUGACCUCCGGCACUGCAGCACAUGCACCGGCCUAUGUGCCAGCUCCCCAACUCUUGGCGCUUGCAACCACCAUCCUUGUCCAUCCCUCCACCACGACCCGUGCCAAAUCAAAGGAAGAGCAGGAAGCAGCUAGUCUAGCGCUCCAGCUGCUUCGGUUGACUCUUCAUUUGGUAGGUCCAGUGUCAGCCAAAUUCGACGUUGCCUUUGAAUUCACACAUUUCGCUCAAUCAAGACAUGGCGGACGGCGACGCGGGGAAGAUUCAGCCUCAAAUGGCUCGACGCAUGACGUUGACGAGAUUCCAUUAAAUCUCACCCUUAGCAAGGCAGGCUCGCUAUGGUCGCGGGCAGAAGACUUCUGGCAGGCUGUGGGCUGGGCCUUCAAUUGCUCGGUAUUAUAUCCCAAAAGAUGGGAACGAUGGCAGAUAUGGCUUGAGUUCAUGUGUUAUGCUAUAGAGGACGACUGGGAACAGCGAGAAAAUGCAGCCGACGCUCAGCAGGCAACAGCCCAACCGGUAACACCAAGUAAACGGCGUGAUCGUGCGUUGAAGGAAAGCUUGCUGCUCAAAUACCUGAUGGCUGGUAGUGCGGGCCUCGGACGAAACCGCCGCGUGCUACGAGCUGUAUUUGCUAAUGGUAGUGCGACUUCACUAUCCGAGUUUCGUGAAGUGUUUAACAACGAACUCAAAGACCUUCCGAAAGAGAGUAAGAAGGUAAACACCAAAAAGAGGGCUGAAGUCAAUAUUGAUGAAGAUGAAUAUGGCGACUACCUAUCCGACGAUGAGGACCCGUCGGAGGGCCAAGAAGAAAAUUCCGAAAGAUCUCGACCCAAGCGUCCUCGUCUAGGCACCAGAGCGACGAAGCCCACUGAAGAUGAGAGUUCUGACAAGUUGGUCAGCGAUAUAUAUUCAAAUGGAGGCGUGGCAACCUACGGGGGCUUCAAAUCCCUUGCUCUUCGGAAACGCUUGCUGAUUCUACUUGUUCAAGCCUCGACGGCCGUGCCUAAAGCUUUUAUGCCUCUUUCUGAUCUUUAUCAUUUAUUUGUGGAGAACAUUCGACAUUUACCACUCCCGAUUUUCCAGGCCUUUGUCUCUCCGACCGCUCUUCCAUGGUCAUCAGCGGAUGCACAUAGCACAUUAUGCGAAAUCUUACUUUGGCGUAUACGUGAAAGCUCUGGGCCGCAGUCUCAAGAGUCUCUUCUCAAUCAGAAAAAGCUCGAAGAGUGUUUCCUUCCGUAUGCUGCCAACAACUCCACCGCAGUAGACAAUGCGAAGAUGUCGAUUCUCCUUGAAUCCUUGAUAUUUCUUUUGGCCCAGCAUGACGGGCUCCGCAAUACGGCGGAACUGAGAGAAGCUGUUUCGACAGGCAACGAGAGACGGUUAGAUAAGGCAGAGGCUGAGAUUCGCCGCAAUAAAAACAGUCGCAAGAUGGAGACUAUCGAGCGGUCCUGGCUCAUCGAGAGCGCGGAUCGACUACUUUAUUUGGUCCAUGAUAUCCUUCCCAAGGAGGACUAA